AUGUUAACAACAGUUAUGCUUGAGCAUACCCAUGACUUGACUCCAACUGACUCACGACAUUUUGCAAUGAAUAAGAGAUUUCUUACUCUUGCGAAGAGAAGACUAGAAAUUAACGAUGAAGUAGGGAUUGGAGUGGCUGAGAAUUUGCAUUCUAUAGUUGUUGAAGCAGGGGGAUAUGAGGCAUUAACAUUUGAUGAGCGAGAUGCAAGGAAUCACAUUGAGAGUGCUAGAAAAUUAAGGCUUGGGGUAGGAGAUGGCGAAUCACUUCGAGAUUAUUUUCAGAGGAUGCAACAACAAAAUUCGAACUUCUAUUAUGUGAUUGACUUUGAUGAAGAUUGUCGCAUUCGAAACUUGUUUUGGGCGGAUGCAAGGAGUAGGGCGACUUAUGAAGCAUUUGGGGAUGUUGUUUCAUUUGACACAAGUUAUCUCACGAACAACUAUGAUAUGCUGUUUGCUCUGUUUGUAGGAGUUAAUCACCAUGGACAAUCAAUUUUACUUGGUUGUGGGUUGUUAUGUAAUGAGAACAUUGAUAUAUUUGUUUGGCUAUUUAGAUCAUGGUUAAGUUGCAUGUUUGAUGCUCCCCCAAAAGCUAUAAUAACUGACCAGUGUAGAGCUAUGCAAAAUGUCAUAGAAAUUCUCUUUCCAAAGGCUCGACAUCGACGGUGCUUAUGA